AUGCGGCACGCCCUAGAGCACUGGACAGAGCAAGCGUCCUCCACCACGCCACCGCCACCCGUGAUGCCGGUCGAGUUAGCAGCAGUGGUGGAGAGGCGCCUCUCUGCCGUCUUGGCCCGCCACCAGCAGCUGGAGGAGUUGCUCUCCCAGCCUGACACGUCACCAGACGACCUGGCGAGAGCAGGCAAGGAGAUGAGCGAUCUGGCGCCAGCUGUCGCAAUCGCACUGGAGCUGCAGAAGAAGACAAAGGAGCUAGAAGACUUGCACGCCCUACUAAAGGGACAAGGGCAACCUUAUAAUGAGGACAAAGAUACGAAGGGAGGGAAGACAGAAGGAGGCAGGGAGGCGGAUGAGGAGGACGAGGAGCUGCGAGCGAUGGCGUGGGAAGAGAUCGGGGUGGUGAGGGGGGAGAGGCAGGCACUGCUGCGGAGUGCAGUGAGGCGGAUACUACCAAAGGACGAGGCGGACAGCCGAGGAUGCAUUGUGGAAGUGCGAGCAGGUGAGGAAGCCAGUGCGAGUGUGUCAGGGGAGGGGGUGUUUGGGAGCCUCAAGUGGGAGAGUGGCGUGCACAGGGUGCAGCGGGUACCAGCUACAGAGAAGGCAGGCAGGGUGCAUACCAGUGCUGCUACCGUGGCUGUGCUGCCCCAGGCUGAUGAGGUGGACGUGUCAAUCAGGCAGGAGGAUCUGCGAAUCGACACGUACCGCAGCGGCGGGUGUGGAGGGCAGUCGGUGAACACGACCAACAGCGCCGUGCGCAUCACCCACUUGCCGUCGGGGCUUGUUGUCGCUAUUCAGGACGAACGGUCUCAACACAUGAACAAGGCCAAGGCGCUCAAGGUGCUGAGAGCGAGGCUGUUCGACCUGCAGAGGAAGCAGGCGGAGGCGUCUCGAUCGCAGCUGAGACAUGGGCAGAUCGGCUCUGGCGAUCGCUCAGAGCGAAUCCGCACGUACAACUUCCCCCAGGGCCGAAUCACGGACCACCGCGUGGGGGUCACGCUGCACUCGCUGCCGCAGGUGCUCCAAGGCGAGGGCCUGGAGGCGUUUAUAGAGGCGCUGGAGGCAGCAGCAGAGAAGGAAGCGAUCGAUGGCCUGGCCAAGGCAGGGUAG